GCGAGGCGCGCAGCCCCAGCGCGAGAACCGGAGCCAGGCGGCACGGAGUGACAAGAGCUGAGACGCUUAAGAUCUCCGGAGCGGCUCGCAAUGGCUGGCCCGCAGCAGCAGCCCCCUUACCUGCAUCUGGCCGAGCUGACUGCAUCCCAGUUCCUGGAAAUCUGGAAACACUUUGAUGCAGACGGAAACGGGUACAUUGAAGGUAAAGAGCUAGAAAACUUCUUCCAAGAGCUGGAGAAGGCAAGGAAAGGCUCUGGCAUGAUACCAAAGAGUGACAAUUUUGGAGAGAAGAUGAAGGAGUUCAUGCAGAAGUAUGACAAAAACUCAGACGGGAAAAUUGAGAUGGCAGAGCUGGCGCAGAUCCUGCCAACUGAAGAGAAUUUCCUUUUGUGCUUCAGGCAGCAUGUGGGCUCCAGCACGGAGUUCAUGGAGGCGUGGCGGAAGUAUGACACAGACAGAAGUGGCUACAUUGAAGCGAAUGAGCUCAAGGGAUUCCUGUCUGACCUCCUGAAGAAGGCCAACCGUCCCUAUGAUGAACCUAAGCUCCAGGAGUACACCCAAACCAUACUACGGAUGUUUGACUUGAACGGAGAUGGCAAACUGGGUCUCUCUGAGAUGUCCAGACUCUUGCCUGUACAAGAAAACUUCCUGCUGAAAUUCCAGGGUAUGAAGCUGACCUCAGAAGAGUUCAAUGCCAUCUUCACGUUUUAUGACAAGGACGGAAGUGGCUACAUUGAUGAGCAUGAGCUGGACGCCCUGCUGAAGGAUCUGUACGAGAAGAAUAAGAAGGAGAUGAACAUCCAACAGCUAACCACCUACAGGAAGAGCGUCAUGUCCUUGGCUGAGGCCGGGAAGCUCUACAGAAAGGACCUGGAGAUUGUGCUCUGUAGUGAGCCCCCCAUGUAAAGGGGUGGAAGGACAGGGGCUGCUUCUGCGACUCCCCUCUAAGCCCUGCCCCCACUGUCCUGCCUCUCUGACACUCCUUCCCAGAUCUAGAGAGCAAGACCUCCCCACCCCACCCCUGCAACCUGCACACACCAGCCUGUAGAGCAGGAAACGAGAGAUGGAGAGCAGGUGGCUGAUAGCAUUCCUUUGAGCUGAACCAGCCCAACCCUGGCCAGAUGGACAGUUGUGCCUGCAGCCGUGAUGGAUCGUGGGCGGGACAUAGGUGGCGCUUCCCUAGUCUCUUUGCUGUAAUGCAUGAGCUCCCUCACUGUAUGAUUUAGGCUUCUGAGUCCAACAGGGUAGACUCCACCCUUUUGCCCCCCCCCCCCCCGCCGCCUUUCUUCCCAGGCCACCACUGACCCUGAAUUUCCAGGUUCUGCCCACUGGCUUGCUAAUGAUGUAAUUGUCUUCUCAGAGCUCCUGUCGAGGGUGACUGCCCUCUUCUUGUAUUCUUGACUCCUGUGUUCCUUUUAUCUUCGGGUUUCCUGUCUUCCUGUUUACCAAAGAAGAGUUUACAGAGAAUAAAGUGGAAAUGUUCUGCCGUGGACACUCA